GAAAAUUACCUUUUUCUUCGAUUUAUCGCCGCCCGUUCUUUUUUUAAAUAAAAGGAGGAACCAAAUUUCCUUCCUUCUCAUUUACACAAUUUUUUCCCUUAAAAAUAAAGAGAAAAAUAUUUUUCUUUUAAAAAAUAAAAUUUUUUUAUCAAUUUUUAAAACAAUUUUUGUUUAAAAUUUUAAAAUUUUUUAGAUUUUUGUGGAAAUUUUAUAUUAAAAAAUCGACAACAAAAAAAGAGAAAUGAUUGGUUUAAUAGCCUCAGCAGUUGAAUGUAGUUAUCUUACAGUAGCUACAUUUUCUGCUUUAUUUUCACUUCUUCAACCAAAAAUUAAAUCUUCCCUUAUUUUAAUUUCAAUUCCAAUUUUAGCAGCAUUAGCCCCAACUACUUUAGCCGCUAAUAAAAUUGUUUCUGAGGAUGGAGAGAAUGAAGGAAUUGAUAUGGCUAAAAGCAUUUUAAAUUGA